CAAUAGUUCCCAAUUCAUCUGUUUCUUUGCUGUGAUAUCUCUGCACCCCCUCAUUUUUUUCCGUCUACUAUGCAUUUCAAUUUGAUGUCAUUUUGCCUACAACUAAGCACAUUUUUAUUCAUAUCUUAACAUGUGAUACCCUGCCUUAGGCUGUUCAUCCUCCGUUCAUCGACUGCACCUCUUGCUUUCAUCCCCGCCUUUUCGGUCCGUACUUUCUUAUGCAUCGCCCUGGCUCUCUCCUACUCUCACUUCAGUUUUUCCUUGCUGCGCUCCAGUGUUCUCUGCGACUUUUUCAUCGAUACCGCGACAAUGGACAACUGCACUACAACUAUGUCUUCAAUCCGGAAUAUCUGUGGCUCCGUUGGUACCAAUCUGUCAUUGUGUUACAAUCAGCUUUUCCUCGCUUCACCCAAAGUUAUUUCAACUUGUUCCGAGUCCUAUGAAUAUAGGAUACUCGGUUAUUAUCCAGGUGCUAAACCCCGUGGGAAAAUUCUAUUCGUGG